AUAAACAAGAUGGCGUCACUUUCACCAGAAGAAGAAAACUUUGUCCGAAUGAGCUUGUUAUUGACAGGAAUUUCUCCUCGUGCAGUGCGAAUCCUGUUUGAUUAUGAAUUUGCUCCAAUUUGUCUAGAUACUUCACUAAAGAAAGAGUUCAACAAACUGAAGGACCUUCAAAAGAAACGUGUAAUUAACCAGUCACAGUGGAACUUACUUACCCCAAGAUUUCCUGAUGUUCCAGAUUCUAAGAAGUUUGAUGUCACUUUAAUGAUAUUACUACUCAGACAUCUGACAGCCUUGACCCCUCCUCGUGGCGGGUAUGAAAUUCUACCUACAUCCUCAGAAACUACACCUGCUUCUGAUUUAGCCAGAAUAAAAUACUAUAGAAACGUCAUGGCUCAUCUUGAUGAUGGUAAAAUAAAGAAUACAGAAUUUUUCAAAGCAUGGGAUGAUAUAACUGGUGCCAUCGGCAGGUUAGGUGGACAGGAUAUGAAGCAAGAGUGUGAUGAUUUGAGAAUCAAAACUCUAGACCAAACUAAUAAAGAGAUAAUGCUUGAGAUCAAGCAUUCACAUGAUGAAAUAAGGGAAUUGAAACAGUCAGUUGAAAGCUUGAAAAAGUACAGUGGAGAUACAGUGCCUUGGAAUGUUAGAGCACAAAUCAAUCAGAUACUGGAAGGACAACGAUCAGAUGUUCAUUACAACCAGAGCUGCAAAACGUGUACUGAAAUGUAUAAAAGAGAACAAUUGCGUAACUAUUAUGGCUAGUUCUGGUGUAGGGAAGACAGUCACUCUCCGACAUGUCGCUUUACAGAUGACAGAUGAAGGAUAUGAUGUUCUGCUGGUAACAGAUCCAGGUGACAUUGUCAAGUUUUAUAAUCCAAACCAGAAAGGAUUGUUUGUUAUUGAUGAUUUAUGUGGAAACUAUUCUUUAAACGAUGCUGACAUUAAAAUGUGGGAACCUGUCAUGAAACGUUUAAAAGGAAUUCUUGAAAAUGAAGUGGCAAAAGUCAUUGUUGCAUGUCGAUUACAAGUGUACCAGGAUGACAAGUUUGAAUUUUUGUCUGUCUUUAAGUCGUGUGUCUGCAACAUGCUAUCGGAGAAGCUGUGUUUACUAAAGAGUGAAAAACAAUUAAUAGCUGAGUUAUAUCUGAAAACAAAAGCCUAUGAAAUCACUGACCUUUAUGAUUUAUAUGAUUGUUUUCCCCUUAUAUGUAAGCUGUUUUAUGAUAAUCCUAAUUUUAAUAUUACAUUUUCCAGAAUCAGUUUUUCAGUUUAUGCAGCAGAGGUUGACAAACUACGGAAAAGGGGAUAUUACGCUAAGUACUGUGCUUUGGGUUUAUGUGUAAUGUUUAAUAACAGACUGAAUGAAGAAUUGUUGACUGAAGAAGUGGAUGAAAAAACAAAAACAAUCAUUGGUAACAUAUGUGAGGCAUGCAGACUAGACAGAGGAACAUCAAGACUUCUUUUAAAAGAUGAACUUGAUUCGCUUUCAGGUACAUUCAUUAAAAAAAACCAAAAUGUGUACCAAAGUAUACAUGAUAAAAUAUUUGACUUUCUUACAUUUUAUUUCGGACAGAAUAUAAUUCAAUGCUUAAUAAAGAAUGCACAUUGCAGGUUAAUCAUGGAAAGAUUUUCUUUGGAAAGACACGUUGGUGUAGAUCCUUUUGUAACAAUUGUGCCCCUUAAGUAUCAUCAAAUGUACAUAGAAAGAAUGAUUGAGGACUGGUCAAAAGGUGCAGUCAAUGAAGUAUUUUGUAGUUCUAAUAUGAAAAUACCACAAAUCAGGCACAGAUUUUUAUGUCAUUUGAAUACACUGGAUUUACUAUACCAGAGACAAUUAGCACACACCUGCGACUCUGCAAACAAAGGUACUGCACUGUUACUGUGUUGUUUACAUGGUGAUGGUCCUAUGGUACAGUGGUGUUUAAAACAAGAUGUUGAUAUCAAUCAGUGUAGGCAGAAUGAUACAACUCCAGUUUUUGUAGCUACCCGUGAAGGUCAUACAAGGAUAGUGGGAAUGUUAUUAGACAGAGGAGCAGAUUGUAAUAAAGGGAAUAAUCUUGGUGAGUCACCUUUAUUGUCUGCUUGUAUAUAUGGACAUACAGAAAUAUUAAGGAUGUUGUUAGACAAAGGAGCAGAUUAUAAAGCAUGUACCAAUAGUGGAUGGUCACCUGUAAUGUGUGCUUGUAGACAUGGUAAAACUGAAAUAGUUAGGAUGUUGUUAGAUAGAGGAGUAGAUUACAAUGACUGUGACCAUACUGGCAAGUCACCUGUCAUGUUUGCUUGUAUUAGUGGCCAUAUAGAAAUAUUAAAUAUGUUGUUAAACAAAGGAGUAGAUUAUAAUAAAUGUGACAAAAAUGGUUGGCCACCUAUAAUGUUUGCUUGUAAUAAUGGACACAGAGAGGUUGUCAAGGUGUUGUUAGAAAAAAACGUAGAUUAUAAUAAAUGUAACAGUGAAGGUUGGUCACCUUUAAUGUAUGCCUGUUUCAGUGGACAUACAGAAACAGUGAAGUUGUUGUUAGACAGAGAAGUAGAUUAUGAUAAAUGUAAUAACGAUGGUUGGUCACCUUUUUUGUAUGCUUGUAACUUUGGAUAUACUGAAAUAGUAAAGAUGUUGUUAGACAAGGGAGUAGAUUAUAAUUACUCACAAGUAGGUGGUCAGUCAGCUGUACUGUUUGCUUGCUUCAGUGGACAUACAGACAUAGUAAAGAUGUUAUUAGAUAGAGGAGUAGAUUGUAGUAAAUGUUACAUUGAUGGUGUGUCACUUAUAAUGUCUGCGUGUCACAGUGGACAUUUAGAAAUAGUAAAAAUGUUGUUAGACAGAGGUGUAGAUCAUAACAAAUGUAACGAUGAUGGUGAGUCAACUUUAAUGUAUGCUUGUGAAAGAGGACACACAGAAAUAGUCAAGAUUUUGUUAGACAAAGGGGCAGACUAUAAUAAAUGUAACAAUGAAGGUGAGUCACCUGUAAUGUCUGCUUGUUACAGUGGACGAAUAGAAAUAUUACGGCUUUUGUUAGAUGGAGGGGCAGAUUAUAGAAAAUGUGACAAUUAUGGUCGGUCGCCUUUAGUUUGUGGUUGUGAACAUGGACGCAAAGAAAUAGUAGGGAUGUUGUUAGACAGGGAUGUAGAUUAUAAUCAAUUGAACAGUGACGACAAGACACCUUUACAGUGUGCGUGUAUACAUGGACAUACCGAAAUAGUAGAGAUGUUGUUAGACAGAGGAGCAGAUUAUAAUAAAUGUGACAGUAAUGGUUGGUCACCUUUGAUUUGUGCUUGCGACAAUGGACGAACAAAAAUCGUAAGGAUAUUGUUAGACAGAGGAGCAGAUUUUGAAAAAUGUGCCAAUGAUGGAAAGUCACCUGUAAUGUUUGCCUGUGACAAUGGACAAACAGAAAUAAUAAGGAUGUUGUUAGACAUGGGAGUGAAUUGUGAUCAAUGUGACAAUGAUGGUUUGUCGUCUGAAGAAAUUGCUUCUACAAGAGCUACAAGUGACAUAGUUUCUGUGAUAUACUCCAGGAAGGAAUCAAGUACGUAACUGAACGAUAAAUGUUUAAGGACCUUGAACACAAGAUAUUCAUUUUACGCAUGUGCGGUCAAUCAAUACCCAUGUAAAGUAUUGUUGAAUGUAAAAUAUAAAUUAAAAGUUUGUAAGUAUUGAAGACAUGUUCGAUUUUAUGUGGAUUAGAAUUAUAAUUAACUAUCAUUGUAUGAUCGCUAUAAUACAACUAAUAAAACAACAAUAAAUUAUUGUUUCCUGUGUAUCCUCUCUCUCUCUCUCUCUCUCUCUCUCUCUCUCUCUCUCUCUCUCUCUCUCUCUCUCUCUCUCUCUCCUUUUAAUCGUAAUCCGUAGUCGGCGUUUAUUUUUUUUUUUAAAUUGUUCUCCUCUGAAACGGCUUUUCAAAUUUGAACUAAAGUUUGUGUUACCUUGGUAUAUCAUUGUUCAAAUUCGUAUCCGAGAUUUUGAUUUGUCUCCAAACAUCGAUUCUAAAAUUUUCAAGAAAGUAGACAAUUCAUUGGAAAUUAUUAACCCUAAAAGUUCGAAGACAAGAUCUACAAAUAAAUAAAAUUGUAUCGUCAUUCGACUACUUAUGGGAGUUUGGCCCUAAGAUAACAAUGAUUAAAAUAGAGAAUGGAAAUGGGGAAUGUGUCAAAGGGACAACAACCCGACCAAAGAGUAAAAACACAGCCGAAGGCCACCUUUUUGCAUAGUUCUAAAAUUUAACAUAAACCUUACUAGGUUUAUUAUCCUAGAUGCGCAUUUGGACAAUUGACAUCUCUUCAGUGAUGCUCGAGGCCAAUAUAUUUGAAAGCCAAAACACAAAUACAACAUUCGAACAGCAAAAGAAAUCAAAACGGAUCUAGUAUAGCCAAAUCUAAAAAAUCGUAAAUGAUCAACUAAAAAGUAAAAUACCAAAAAUACCAGACUCCAAGGAAAAAUUAAAACGGAAAGUCCCUUAUCAAAUGGCAAAAUCUAAAGCUCAAACAAAUCAAACGAAUGGAAAACAACUGUCAUAUUUCUGACUUGGUACAGGCAUUUCCUUGCGUAGAAAAUGGUGGAUUAAACCUGGUUUUAUAGCUAGCUUAACCUCUCACGUUCAUGACAGUCGCAUGAAAUUCAAUUAUAUUGACAACAAGGUGUAAAAAAACAAACAGACAUACAGCCCUUGGAUGGUGUUAAUUUCCCAAAAAAAACGUGUAUGGUGUAAUGGUGUAUGGCAAAUGGUGCAAUGGUAGAAGGUGUAUGAUGCUAUGGUGUAUGGUGUAAGGGGAAUGGUGUAAUGGUGUAUGAGGAAUGGUGUGAUUGUGUAACGUGCGAUCGGGAAUGGUGUGAAUGAAUGGUGUACGACAUUUCAUUGGUUGAAACCGAGGUUCAUUUUAUUUUAAUUUUUCGGAUUGUAAACAUAAACAAUAAUAAUAAUCCUAUUGUUCUUUUUUCCUAGUAUAGCAAAUAACUUUACUAGUUAGACUCUAUGUUAUAUAUAUUUUAUACACAUAUUAAAAUUUUAUUUUUUUUUCAUAAUUUUAUUUACAUUAAACAAUGGCUAUAAUAUUACACACUUGUGAUCACAAAAAGUCAUGCAGUUAUCAUAAAAGAAAGGAUUUUAUUUAAACUAGAAGGCGGAUAAAAAGGUUAUCCACGCAUCGGUAAAAUAUUUUUAUAUCAUGGGUUAUCAACAUCAUUUUUAAAGUUGCUUCGUUCCCCAUUUUUGACAGUCUCUUUAUAAAUAUUUCAUCGUAAUUCACCUUUCUUUGCCUUGGAUUUAUCCUGUUUUCCAAAAAAUGUUCAAAGGAAAAUUGUACAGUGUUAUUGCACAUAAGGUGUUGUAUAAUUGUGAACAAUCUCGUCAAUUUCCUUACAUUUGUCAUUACGGAAUAUAAUGAUAUCAUGAACGUCCGAAAAAAUAUACUCAUGUGAACAGGAAUGAAAUAUUUGCCAAUUGAUAUUUAGCCACCAACAAAAUCAACCAACCGACAUAAUAUACUAACAGUAUACUUUUCCUAGAAGAGAACUUCUCAUACUUUUCAUUAUAAAGUACAAAUGAAAUCUGUCAUGUCAGUCACAGUGUUGGAUGAUGUGGUGGUAUAGUUUUAUUAUACAAACCAUCCUGAACUUAUGCAAGCACGACUAAUUUAUGCGCAGACCAACCCAUCACACAAUAGCCCAAAAGGAAUCUGUGAUGUACCCAUCCAUAUUUAGAAGUCAUGGAAGUGGGAUAUACAAAUACUGCAUAAUACUGACUUUAGUGACAGUUUUAUAUUACGAAUACAGAGAUGAAAUGCUGGCACUAUAAAUUAAAGUGAACAAGAUUUUGUAGUCAUUGUUUUCCAAUAUUUCUGUCAUAUGUAUUAUAUAAGCCAUCCUAACAUCAAAAUAUUAUUGCGUUAUAAUGCGGCUAUAUAUAUUUACAUAAUAAAGUGCAAAUAUGGUCA